AUGUCAACCCAAUCCCUUCCCAAAUUAUUCCUCUUUACCUUGACGACAAUUCUUAAGCCCAAGCCAAUUCUAGAUUUCGCAUUCUUAGUAGCCACACGACUUGUCUACAUCUGGCCUCGCCGCGAACAUGCCGUUAAGAUCGGCCGCAUGUCCAGUUUAGGCCCUCACGGGCAUCCUAAAAGGCGCCUAACAGGCCAAGAACCUCAAACUUCUCUCACAAACCCCUCCCACCCGGGCAAGAAUGAGCCUCCUCCAGCAUAUAUGCCUUCCCCAAAUGCUGCCUCAAGUCCAACGUGCGGCGCUCUGCUAUCUGAGUUGGCGGUUCCUUCUUCGUCAUUAUACUCGCCCGCAACGCCCGCUGUGUCAAUACUAGCCACCAUCCACCCAAGUGGCGAAGAUCCGUACGCCUUCCUCACGACCUUCGAUACCACCCUCCUCAUCGAUAAUUCAGGCUCCAUGGCCGGCCGUGGCUGGCGUGAAGUCUCACAGGCAUUAGCUAUUAUUGCACCUAUCGUUUCCUCCUACGACAACAACGGUUUGGAUCUCUACUUCAUGAACUAUAAGUCCACUAAUGGUGGCUCCCUAUAUGAGGGUAUCGUAGCUGGCGGGUAUAGAGGCAUCAAAAGAGCCGCUACUGUCACCGAAAUCUUCGCGAGAGUCCGACUACAAGGCGGGACUCCUACCGGUACCAGAGUCCACAAUAUCUUGAAGCCGUAUUUGGCAAAGUUGGAGACUGAGAUUGCUGUUGGCAAGGAGAUGAAGCCCGUCAAUCUCAUUGUAUUGACGGAUGGUGUUCCUUCGGACGAUGUUGAAUCGGUAUUACUUUCAGCUGCGAAAAAGCUCGAUAAGUUUGAUGUACCGCUAUACCAAGUUGGUGUGCAGUUCUUCCAAGUUGGCAACGAAGAAGGUGCUAAGGAGGCACUCGAGGAGCUUGACGAUGGAUUGAGCAAGCUUGUCGAAGGUGGAGUUAGAGAUAUCGUCGAUACCGUUACUUGGACAGGCGGAAGUAGCCAGAGCGAAGGUGGCGUUGGUUUGACGGGUGAUGGAAUCCUGAAAGCAGUACUCGGCGCUGUAGUCAAGAGACUUGACCGCAGACGGACCAGCGGCGAGGUUAGAAGAACCGCUCGCUCUUAA